CUACUGAAUACGGCAAAGAAAUACAAUGCCUGCUUCGCAGCAAUCAAGCUGAGCAAGCCCGUCAAAAUGCAGCUCCCAGCGUGGUACCACAUAAGCGCAAAUAAGCAGCUGAGGCGAUUAAACAACACCAGCCUUAGUAACUGUCUAAGAGAGGCCCACGGAAUCAGAAUAAUCGCAGAUCUGAUAAGAAUAGUAAAUCACCCACCAACCCCCAACAACGGGCAAAAUGGAUCGGCCAGGAUAUGUACAUGCAACCAAUGCAUCGGAGCAAGGAGGAUGGGAUGCGAACACCCCAUGAGGUGCCGGGAUGCUGCAGAAAGAAUCCUAAGUAACCUUAGUGAGAAGUGGAAUCCCGACCUCGAGAACACCCAAGACGGACUCACCAUCACACCCAAAAGAAGAGGAGACAACGAGACGGCACUCCAGGAAGGGGGCGAGGUAAUCUUCGACCCAUCAAUCACGGCGAGAGGAGGAGCAUCAGAAGCAAUCCGCAUCUUCAUG